AGUAAUCGAUUUCGUAUUCCUCUAGGAGAUUCCUAAUAUAACAAGCGCUUGUAAUAUGGAGUCGCAAAAUUCUCUAUUUUUUAUCGCGGUUCUUGUUUUUCUAGUUGAUUUAUCCGUAGAGCAUUCUGAACACAGCUUUGGUGGACGCACACAUAGUGACGAGGAUGAUCAUAUCGCCUUCCUUGGAGAGAAGAUGGCCAAAGAAUUUGACAAACUUUCCCCUCAAGAGUCCAGGAGACGGCUCAGAAUGCUAGUGCCCCGUAUUGAUAUCAACAAAGACGGCUUCGUAGAGGAGGCUGAGUUGGAGAUCUGGGUUCGACAUAAGAUGCAGAAGUGGACCGUUGAUGAGGACGUGGACGCCAUAUUCAGAGACCUGGACAUGAAUAACAAUGACAAGGUCACGUGGAAGGAGUACAUGACUAGAACAUUUGGAUUUACUGAGGAGGACAUGCACAUUAAAUGGGAAAGAUCAAAUCUGGAAAAGUAUGUCUUGUUUGAUAAGAAGAAAUGGCGGUACAGUGACCAAGACAAAGAUGGUAUGCUAAACAGGCAGGAGUACGAAUAUUUUCACCAUCCAAAAGAACAUGAAAUCAUGUUGCCCUAUAUUGCUGUGGAAAUACUCGAUCGAUAUGAUAAGGACGAAGAUGGUCGCCUAUCUUUGGACGAAUAUUUGGCCUACAUCGAUAUGCCAGCAUUCAAUACCCUGUACAUAGCGGACUUCAAUGAAAAAUACGACGUCGACCACGAUGGAUUCCUUAACCUGAAAGAAAUGGAAGAAUGGAGAAGGCCGAAAAACUUUAACAAAGCGCUGGGAGAGGCUCAGCAUUUAAUAGAGUAUGCAGACAUGAAUAAGGAUGGAAAACUAACAGCAGAUGAGUUUGUCACAAGUCAUGAGAUCUUUGCCGGAAGCUACGUCACACAGUUUGGUCAAACAUAUCACGACGAGUUUUAAUCCAGUACUUUUGGGCAAAUGUGCUCAGUUUAUUAGCUCUGUCGAUGCAUGUAAAAGCAUUUAAUCUGCUGUAUAUAGAAAUUUAGUUUAAUCGACGCAACUUCACUCAAUUUUUUUUAAGUUUUAAAAAUUAGGUAUUGAGUCCAUUUUUCAGUUGACCCCAGUUAUAUGUUGUCGUACAAAGUUGCAUCAUGGUUUACCGAUCAAAUUCAAUCUUAAAACGGCUGGUUUCCUUUUAACAGUGGAGAGAGUGUAGUGUCAGGAGCUCGUGGCUCUGUAAUAUUUUUAAUGUUCCCUCCCUUCAUUGGCAGUUAACUGGGAUUCAAUUUUCAAUUGCCUCCUCCCAUCCUUUAUACUCUGUUGGCGACGACUAAUCCCCCUUCCGUUUCCCCUGAAAAUCAUGUGAUGCUCAACCUCCUCUCCCCCUCCCCACCCAACCCCUGGCACGGAUUGGUCCCUUGGUGCUUCGUAUUACCGAUUGGUGCAUAUAAGUUAACCUCACCGUCGAGCAGCAGUUUCCCCCCUCCUCCCUUCCGUGAAAAACCUCGUUUCGGUAGCGAAUCAGAUUGCAAUAAUCAGCUUUGUUACACUGUUCAAUAAACGAACGUACAUCGUGAUUCGCUGCAGUCUCAGUCUGUCUGUUCAUAUCGAUAUAAGCUAUUAAAUAACUUAAGUUAUAUACAUACAGAAAGCUACAGAGAACACAUUACUCUUUCGAACAAUUCUUAUUAGGAAAACAAGACACAAAGGAAAUAUACACAACGAGUCCAACUAUCUAAAAGUGAUUUAUUCAAACUUUAUGUCUUAGUUCAACUACACAUCUACAAAAAUCUACUCGACAUGUUUCUUAACUUUUGGAUUGUCUGGCUAUCUUACUAGGAAAAUAGUCUUCAAGUGACAGUUAUGAACUAUAUACACUUUGUACAUUUAGGGAUAUAUAAACUCUUGGUCACAUAUGUAUUCUGUUAUUGUAUGUGACUUUAUAUGUGACCUUUUCUAUGAUUUGUAAACGUUA